GGGAAGCAACCCCUACUGCAGCGGGGUCAGUCUCGGGGUCGUGCAUUGCGCGUGCACGGCCUGGCGCUUACUGUUGCUGCGGCGGUGGCUGGCGAGGAUUAGGCCGGGCCCACUCUGGCCAGUUUCAGUAACCAACCCUGGUCUGCGGACGGGCUCCUAUCCCUCAAAAGCUCUGUCUGCGCUAAUUCACUGCCGCCCCUCGGGGUCGUGGCAGGGCCCUUCUGGGGAUUUCAAACCAGGGCAGAGCCGGGAAGUAGACGAUCACAGAGGGCGACUUAUUACUAUCCUGCCCACCAUGGCCAGGCGCCCACGGAGCAGCAGAGCGUGGCAUUUUGUCCUGAGUGCAGCUCGCCGAGAUGCGGAUGCCCGGGCCGUGGCUCUGGCAGGGUCCACCAACUGGGGCUACGACUCUGAUGGGCAGCACAGCGACUCAGAUUCCGACCCCGAGUAUGCAUCUCUGCCGUCAUCCAUCCCCAGCGCCGUGCCUGUGACUGGGGAGUCGUUCUGCGACUGUGACAGUCAGAGUGAGGCCUUCUGCGGCAGUCUGCACGCCGCCCACCGGGGCAGGGACUGCCGCUGCGGGGAGGAGGACGAGUGUGAGUGUGGGGGCCUGCGGCGGGUGGGCGGACCUCUGGGCUGGGGGGGAGCCUGGCGAGCCUGGGCCUCUUCUCUCACAGAUUUUGACUGGGUCUGGGAUGACCUGAAUAAGUCCUCGGCCACCCUGCUGAGCUGUGACAACCGGAAGGUCAACUUCCACAUGGAAUACAGCUGUGGCACAGCGGCCAUCCGGGGUACAAAGGAGCUGGGGGAGGGCCAGCACUUCUGGGAGAUCAAGAUGACCUCGCCCGUCUAUGGCACUGACAUGAUGGUGGGCAUCGGGACAUCGGACGUGGACCUGGACAAGUACCACCACACGUUCUGCAGCCUGCUCGGCCGGGACGAGGACAGCUGGGGCCUCUCCUACACAGGCCUCCUCCACCACAAGGGCGACAAGACGAGCUUCUCCUCCCGGUUCGGCCAGGGCUCCAUCAUUGGCGUGCACCUGGACACCUGGCAUGGGACGCUGACCUUUUUUAAGAACAGGAAGUGCAUAGGAGUGGCAGCCACCAAGCUGCAGAACAAGAGGUUCUACCCAAUGGUGUGCUCCACGGCGGCCAAGAGCAGCAUGAAGGUGAUCCGCUCCUGUGCCAGCAUCACCUCCCUGCAAUACCUGUGCUGCUACCGCCUGCGCCAGCUGCGGCCUGACUCUGGGGACACGCUCGAGGGCCUGCCCCUGCCGCCCGGCCUCAAGCAGGUGCUGCACCACAAGCUGGGCUGGGUCCUGAGCAUGAGCUGCGGCCACCGCAAGCCCCCCACACCCUCGCCCAUGGCCAAUCCCAGCAGCCCUGAGACCCGGCGCUGCCAGAGGAAGCGCUGCCGAAGGACCUAGCUUGUUUCCCAGUGAAAACUGCCUUCUACAACUGGGAUGGCGUUUUCUCUGUUUCUCCCUUUGGACCACCCCCAGGGCAACAGGAGAGGGAGGACUGAACCAAGGUUUGUCUCGGCUGCCCCCCUGCCACCCGAGGCUGGGAGAGGCCUUGCUACAGGGGCUCCGGGGCCAUUAUCCCUGUGAUCCGGAGACCCGGACUUCCUAGUCUGUCUGCUUCCUGUGCCGGGUGUGGGAGCAGCCACUUUCCUUCUCAGAGUCUCUGGGGAGCUGCUGCCCCAGCAUGUCUGGACUCAGGCUGCAGGCCUGGGAGGCUGGUCUGCUGCCUGUGAGGAGGACGGCUUCGUGAGAGGUCGGCUCUUCCUGCUGUCGCCGCCGGCCUUGGGUUUUUCUUAACUUGCUUUGCAUGUUGUCAGCUGCUGUUCCUCUCGUCUGAGGCUGAAAACGACCGUAAUAAACUUAGAGUUUAUGUCUGA